AUGCCCCUUUUUCAGGACCCAGAUCGCCGGCGUCAUUACUUGUGGUCCGGUGACAACGGUCAGCAAGCGCAAACCCCAGGGUCCUCUCAAGACCAGUCAGAUACAAGUCACCUUGGAUGGCAGAGCUCAGGCAUUACUGAGGGGCUCUCGGAACCGGUGCCACCAGCAGAGUCGAAUUACUCCAAGCUGUGGACCAGCGAUCGGGGGGAACUUAUCCGCCGGAUUAAAGAAACUUCGCCCUGGAGGCUUGGAUGUGCGUCGCAGGACGACAGCGAUUGUGACGUCUAUAUGCCGGACAAACCAGACCAGUCGCAGGCGCAAGAGACUGCCCAAAGACAAACUCCAGAGGAGCCCCCUCAAGCAGAGCAAACAGAGGAACUGGGGUCGCCGGCCGACAUUCAGAGACCUCGUCAGGCCUCUCCAUUUGCCCGAUUAGCCUCUUCCCCAACCACACCCUGGUUUGGUGCAUCGGCCUUUCCACCGCCACUACGAAAGCCAAAUCUAUUCAGUGACCACCAUGAACCGGAACCGGCCGUUGAAACUCGCUCUCGAGCACCAUCCUUGGGCUCUUUUUCCUCAAGUUAUGUUCUGAAAGCACCGACCAGUCCCUUGGUGCACCAAGCCAACAACACAGACCUGGACUUCUCGCCGCGAGUCGAUUCGGUGGAGGCUUCUGAGCCUUUCGAGAGGGCUAAUCGCCGCCGCACUCUACCCCCAGAGACCUUCCGACACCUUCAGUCGUCACCCCCGGGCUUGCAACCGGUCAAUAUUCGUAGCCCGUUACCACCCUGGAGACGAGAUGAUCUCUUUUCUCAUCACUCUCCUCGGCGGUCAUUGACCUCGGCAUACAGUCUUCAACUUGCAUCAACGGGCCAGACCCCUGCAUCCCGAGCAAGGCGGCCUUCGUUUGCUUCGGAGAUCUCUCCCAAAUCCCAUGCGCCGAUGGUGGGAUCGUACGAAGAAUCGAUCUUGCGAGGCCGCAUGUCCAUGAAUCCGUCCAAGCCACUGGAUUUCACAGCUCAAAUCGGUGUACUGGGGAAGGGCAAAUCAAAAGGCCAUCUCAAGUGUCCUCCCCAUGUUACUGUGCCUUUCCCGGCGGUUUUUUACAGCUAUCCAACCUCGGGAAGCGGCCGUUCCAUAUCCGAUGACAAUCCUAGUCCCUAUGUGGGACAGAUUGACUUAGAAAACUCGCUUCCUCGGGACGACUCGAGUACGACUCGGCGUCGGAAACGGCAUGCUAGCCCAGCAGUACCGCAAGAAGGUGCUCCUGCGGAUGAGACAGGUGCAACUCGAGUGCCCGAUGCAGAUCGCCUCCGGCGUCGGGAAAAGAGAAACCGCAGGGCGGAGUCACCCAAAUGCCCACCCGGGGGGUCUUAUCGCAUACCCCAACAGGGCCAACUGCAGAUCAUGAUCAAGAACCCGCACAAGACCGCGGUCAAACUGUUCCUUGUUCCCUAUGAUCUCAGUGACAUGGAACCUGGCACUAAAACUUUCAUCCGUCAGCGAAGCUACUCGGCAGGCCCGAUCAUUGACAUGCCUCUCGCCGCUCGGAAGAACUUCGGAACUGAUCGCCCUGAAGCAUCCUUGAAUUUUACAGAAGACCCCAAGGAUAAGCCGAUUCUGCGAUACCUUGUUCACCUGAAUAUCUGUUGCCCCGCACGUGGCCGCUUUUACUUGCAUUCGAGCAUCCGGGUGGUGUUUGCCAACCGCGUUCCCGACGGCAAGGAGAAGCUACGUAAUGAGAUCCAGCUCCCGGAACCUCGGUACACCCCGUACAAGCCUACGCGGGAUUCCACGCUCACAGGAUCCACGAAUGCUCGUCUGGCAAUUGAAAAAACCUCCCGCAGACGGAGUGUUGGCCAGGGUGUCAUCCCACUUCUCCGCCCCCAUGUGUCGUCGCCCAGCGACCUGCCCUCACACUGGAACCACCAGGCGGGCUCUAUGGAUGUUGCGGGUUCUUCAGGACAGACCCCCACCCACGCGAAAGCGCCCUCUACAACAAACUCAGUAAGGGAGACAUCGGAUACGGAGGCUACCCGUUCCAAUCCGGUCAGGCUGGUACCGAAGCCGGUGAAAGUCUCCUCGCCAAGAGGCUCCGAGGUCUCGAUGUCCAGAAACACGAGUCCUUCAAAGGGUAACUGA